AUGGCCCCCGCCCGUGAUCCAAUGGUAGCCGGAGCCGGAGCCGAGCUGCUGCAGCCUCCGUUUCCGUCUCCGUCUCCGUCUCCGGUCCCGCCGUCCGGGUCGACGUCGGCGCUGGCUACGGGCUAUGAGUCACCGUCAGAAGAGAACCCACCCUUCUUCUCCGUCGUGGCCUCGGCUCCGGCUGCUCCAGGGGCUGCGCUUUCAAGACAUCAUGUCGUGCCGCGGCCGGCCUUAUCUCAACGGCCAUCAUAUAUCACUGCUAUACCCCCUGAGCAUACCAAUGGCCAUGCCCGUCCAGGCCGAUUGCCCAAUAAUGAGUCUACUCUCACUUCAAAUAGCCUGAACCAUGUCAUCGCAACAGCCGAGAAGGGCCCCGGGAACCAAAAGGUGGGCUUUCGAGAUCGCAUUGCCUGCUAUCAAUGGACUUACUUCACUAUGUAUGGUAUUCCAUACACCGGCAUAUGGCUGGUCCACACUAUGGAGUGUGUCUUCUGGGUUUACGCUGCCCUGAGCGUCUCUCUCAGCGCAUUUCUAUAUCUUAUAUUAUGGUCUACUCUAAUCUUCCCUGUCCAUACCAUGACGCCAACCUGGGUCUUCCCAGCGUACCCUCUGCUACUCAAUGCCCCCUUUGCAGCAAACCUCAUCGCGGCUGCAGAUUCAGCUGGUCAUAAACUGUCAACCAACACUGUUGCAAUGGCACUCGGGGCCACUGCUAUUCAAGGAACCGGUUGUCUGAUCGCUUUCAUGAUUUCGUCGGCUUUCAUAUACCGCCUCAUGACGCAGAAGCUCCCGCGGGACAUGCAGAGGCCAGGCAUCUUCAUGUCUAUCGGUCCAUAUGGCUUUACCGCUGCUGGCAUAGCUCAACUCGGCAGCCAAGCAGACUUGGUGAUACCUCCAAACUUUCUUGACAACCCUCAGUUUGCCGCCAUCAUUAAAGUUAUCAGCAUUCUCGUCAGCCUCUGGCUCUGGGGACUUGCCAUGUGGUUCUUCAUUGUUUGUGUCGGUGCAUUGUGGAAAUACUCCCUUUCAGGCCAUCAUUUGCCGUUCCAGAUGACGUGGUGGUCUUUCGUUUUCCCUAAUACGGCUCUUGUUACUGCUACCAGUGUCAUGGGUAAAAUAUUUGAUAGCAAUGGCCUGCAUAUAUUUGCCUCUGUCAUGACCGUUGCGAUCAUCAUCAUCUGGGCUCUUAUCUUUACCCGAAUGUGUUGGAGUCUGAAAUCGAGAAAACUUCUGUGGCCCAAGGAUGGAAAAUAG